CGGUGAGUGAGCUCCGGUCGGCAGCCAGUAAAAACAGCAGACGACGUGCUGGAGCUAGCUGGCAGCGCUAGCUAACCUACAGCAAGGUGACUGCCUGUUUGCUCAGAUCGUAGCACAAUAACGCAGCAGCCCCCAUCCUUCAGAAGAGUUUGUCUGACGGGGCAGGUGGGCGGCGGGUGACAGGGAGUUGCAGGGGGCCAUGCAGCAGGGGUGAGGGGGGAUUCGCACAGACACAGCGUCGGGUGAGGAGGGGGUCGGGGCAGGUCGGUGUGGAGAUGAAGCUCAAACAGCGCAUGGUGGUGCUGUGUGCCGUGCUCCUCCUGCUGGGCCUGGCCAAGAUCUUCCUGCUGGAUGGAGGCGAGGGCUCUGCAGCCAGCCGACGGGAUCUCAGAGCGUUUCGCAAGAUGGAAGCUGGCCUUUCUCUGUCCCGGGGAGCUCGCCUCACCCACACCCUCCAGUCUCCGUGGGAGAUAGCGAGCCAGUGGGUCGGGCCGAGAGAAGUGUACCCUGAGGAGACCCCGGAGCUGGCUGCUGUGCUCACCUCCCUCAGCACUGCCAGGAUAGAGCGGGCGGAUGUCGGCUAUAAGGGCACGCAGCUCAAAGCCCUGCUGGUGCUGGACGGGGGACAGAAAGUGGUCUUCAAACCCAAAAG